AUGGGAUCUGAUGGCUACGUCCUUGCGAUCGACAUCUUCAUCCUAGCGGCUGCGACGGUCUACAGCUUUGUCUGCCUUGGGUUCAUUGCCGCGAUGUGGUCACUGAGGAGAAACUUCUUCAUCGUGCUGAGGUCGCCGCUCCUGGCAUGCACACUCGGGCUUUGCAUCACGCUGCGCUUCGAGUUCUUGUUAUUCGCCCACACCCUCCACUGGGGCCACUCUGGACUCGUCGCGAGUCAUGGGGUCACGAACAUGAUCGAGUUCCCGGUGCUGCUGAUAUCCGAGUUCGCUCUGGUCAUGUCGGCGGUUCGGCUGUUGGUGAUGUUCUUCCCCAAGCUAAGGGCCAAGUGGGGGCGUUUCACGAGAGAAAAGGAUCUGGUCUAUGGCUUGGUCUGCGCGUACAUCCUGAUGGAGGGCGCGCUGUGGUCAGGGGUGGCGGCGGUGGGAGUAUCGAGGACUGGGGGAGUGCUGGCGACACUGGAGCUGUUUUCAGGUUCAACCACGGUCGUCGCGGGUGUGCUAGUCGGCGGCCGGCUGAACAAGGUCGACGAUUUGUUGCACAUGUCGACGGACAUCCGCGUUGUUGGGAUGCUUCUGCUGCUCAUGUCGUGUGUGCACGCAGGACUUCAUUACGUCUCGAUGUCCCCAAUGGAAUACAAGUACUACACCAUCGUGUUGAUGGCGCUGUCGCACCCGCCAAUCGUCUGGCUGACAAACAUCAGGCCUGUCCGAGAGGUGGAGCGCAACAUCCCCGCGCGGAGGCGCAGCAGGAAGGAUUUUCAGCUCCCGUCGCCGUACAGGAGGUGGUCCACGAAGAACAUCCGCGUCGGCGUCGCCGCGGACGAAAACAACAACAGCCUGCCCUGGAACGGCGAGGUGUACCUCGACGACAACCGGCUCACCAGCAUAAUGAACUUCCAGCCCCUGCGGGAGGCGUUUGGCGAGUUCUGCAGAAGGUCUCUCUGUGGCGAGUCUUUCCAGUUCCUCGUCGACGUUGAGGAGUUCAAGGAUCUGAUAGCUGAUAGUGCCGCCGAGGAAACCGAGAAAAGCUUUGGAGGUUUCGGAGGCUACCUCGCCGUUGUCAAUGACUACAUCAAGGACGGUUCACACUCGGAAGUGAAUAUCGCAAGCACAACGAAGCGCAGCAUCAUGCAACACAUGAAGUUCACAGCCUACGCCGCGCUAAAGCUGGAGGAUCGCAAGGAUAUCUUUGGCCCUGCGGAGCGGGAGAUCAAGAUCGUGUUGGCAGACAACCUCUUGAACAAGUUCCUCGUCUCUGAUCCUUACACGAAGGUGGUUGACUUUGAGGGGCUCACCUAA